AUGGGAGGAAAUAUUGCUUUAAGGACUUUACAAAUACUGGGAAAAUCGAAUGAUGAAAGAAAUAAGAGAUUAAAUAUUAAGGGGUGUAUAUCAUUGUCCGGGAUGAUUUCUAUUGAACUAAUGUUGUUUUCCUGUUUUUUCCCAAGAUAUCGGCUUAUAAAUAAUAUGCACUACAUAAGGUAUAAAUAUAUGAAUGAUGUGGCUCGUUUCGAUAAGAUUCGUUAUAAGAAAGGAAUAACAAGUAGAUUUGGAUAUGAACUAUUAAAAGCAAUGAAAAUUUUAGACAGAGAUAUGAUUUAUAUUCCUAAGGAUAUUCCCAUUUUGUUUAUCCAUUCGAAGGAUGAUACUUUAUGUUAUUAUAGAGGAGUUGUAUCAUUUUUUAACAGGCUAAAGAAUGAUAAUAAGGAGCUGCACAUUUUAGAAAACAUGGAACACAUGUUGACCAUUGAGCCUGGAAAUGAAAACGUUUUAAAAAAGAUUUUGACUUGGCUCACCAAUUUGCCGAACGCAAUAAGGGACACGAAAUGGAAUUUUGAGGAAAGGGGUUUAUAA